AUGUUACAUACUAGGUACAUUAGGAAUGUAAUGUUUAGGAGUCAUAUAAAUUUAUCAUUUUACAAUGAAAUGAAGAGAAUUAUCAAGUUUUUCUCAAGAAAAAAUACCGCAUAUGCAUUAUUCCCCUUAGUGCCGUUGUUUGACAAUAAAUAUGAAGGCUUUAGGGACAAUAUUAAUGAUAUAGAUGGCAUAAAUUUAAACAAGUUGUAUAAAGAAUUUCAAAAAUGUAAUAAUGAUGAUUUAGAUGAGCUUAUAUUUCAUGAAAAAAUAGUAGAAGUGCUUGUCAAUAUAGAUGUUAGGUUUCUUAAUGAGGACAGUAAAACUAUUUACUUGCACUUAUUGUUAAUUUCUACCAAUUAUUGUAGUAUUAAUAAGGAUUUGAAACUGGCUAAUCUGAUUUCCAAAUUGAUAAAGAUAUAUUCAACAAAUGGGCGAUAUAUAAUAGAUACUUUUCCAAAAAAUUCUGUAUCUAAAAAUUUAAUUACUAAGUUAAAGUGCUAUCAGGAAUGGAAUUUUAAUAACGAAACAAUUUUAGACAGUUUAAUCAAAUUUCUGUUAUCAAUUAAGUGUAAAUUAAGUGGCGGAAAAUUGGAUUUAUUCGAAAAAGCUUUACUACUGGAAAUGAAUAGACAACGACUUUACAAUUUAUAUAUUUCAAGUUUCUACAAUGAUAUUCAUGGAAUUACUAAAGGCAGUUUUGGAACGAAUUUUGUAACGAAAUGGAUAGAGAGCUUAUAUUACUUAAUUGUGAUAAAUGUUAUCUACGUAUACAACUUCAUUAAAUUUCUACAAACAUACGGAGAGGUACCUAGCGAUGUUUUAAGUGUGGAAAAUGACAGGCUAAAGUGUAGCAUUAGCAAGAAUAGAAUGGAAAUUGUAGCGAGUAAUAGAAAUAAUAAAUUGAAAAAUAUAACUGACAUUGAGCACAAUCAAACACGAUUAGAUAUGCAAUAUUAUGGACAAAGAGUACCCCGAACGACACAUUCUGAAUGGUCUUACAGCGACAAUAGCACGACUUUUCAGUUGGAUAGGAGUAGAUACAGUCCUCGGAGUGAAUUCAUAAGACAAUUACCCAGGUGUACAAUGGAGCCUAGAUGGCCAGAAUGA